ACUACGUUUUCCUGAACGCCAGUAGCUAGGGUGGAGAGGAGAGGUGGCCGCGGUCUGUGGUGGUGUGGGCGGUUUUUGGACGUACGUGUCUCACUAUCGCCGCCUUCCUUCCUUUGAUUCCCGCGAUGCCGAUGUAUCAGGUAAAGCCCUAUCACGGGGGCGGCGCUCCGCUGAGUGUAGAGCUUCCCACUUGCAUGUAUCGGCUCCCCAACGUACACUGCAGGACCAGCAGCCCGGCGCCGGACGAGGGCCACGUGCAGGAAGCAUUAGACCCCUCUCUGCAAGCUCUUGAGUCCCGCCAAGAUGAUAUUUUAAAACGUUUGUACGAGUUGAAAGCUGCAGUUGAUGGCCUCUCCAAGAUGAUUCACACUCCAGAUGCAGAUGUGGAUGUAACCAACAUCGUGCAAGCAGAUGAGCCCACAGCUCUGAUGACCAGUGCAUUGGACUUGAAUUCAGUGCUUGGAAAGGAUUAUGGGGCGCUGAAAGACAUCGUGAUCAAUGCAAACCCGGCCUCACCUCCCCUCUCCCUGCUGGUGCUACACAGGCUGCUCUGUGAACGCUACAGGGUCCUGUCCACAGUGCAUAUGCACUCAUCAGUCAAGAACGUGCCCGAGAGGCUUCUCAAGUGCUUUGGGGAACAGACUAGAAAACAGGCCCGACAUGAGUAUCAGCUGGGCUUCACCUUAAUUUGGAAAAAUGUGCCCAAGACUCAGAUGAAGUUCAGUGUCCAGACGAUGUGCCCCAUUGAAGGAGAAGGAAACAUUGCACGUUUCUUGUUCUCUCUAUUCGGCCAGAAGCACAAUGCUGUAAACUUAACCCUCAUUGAUAGCUGGGUAGAUAUUGCUAUAUUUCAGCUAAAAGAAGGGAACAGUAAAGAAAAAGCAGCUGUUUUUCGCUCCAUGAACUCUGCUCUGGGGAAGACCCCAUGGCUGGUUGGGAAUGAGUUCACUGUGGCAGAUGUGGUGCUCUGGUCUGUGCUCCAGCAGACAGGGGGCUGUGGCACAGCAGCACCUGCCAACGUGCAGCGGUGGCUGAAGUCAUGUGACAACCUGGCCCCUUUCAACACUGCCCUCAAGCUCCUUAAGUGAAUUUCAGUAACUGGUUUUAAAGGGUUUUAAGAAUGGUGCUGCCUCAUACUGUCAGUAAAGAGAAUUGUAGGCAGAAUCACUCUUUAUUUAGGCCACUUGUCCAGUAUCAAUAAAAUCAUCAUAUUAAUUUGUGAGUCCAGGUUUUAUGUAAAAUUCAGAACUAUUGUUUGCACUAUACCAUGACUGCCAAUUAUGGCAAGGACUUCCUGUGAUACUGAAAUAGAGAGGAAAGCAUGGAACAGGCUUCAUUUUGAGCAGUCUUAGGUCAUACAAGAGCUACUUAAGGAAAAGGUAGCUAAGUAUCCUUUACAGCUUACAGAAGUCUUCUACAGGUUAUUAAAUAAAACCAAGAAAUCACAUUUUGUACACUAAAGAUUGAAAAUUUACAUCCCAGCUGUCUUGAGAGUCCGCUUUCAUGUUAUUGAUACAGCCUACUUAAGGCUGGAUGGUGUGUCCUCAUAUUCCACAUCAUCCUUUACCCCUCUGUCCUGAGAAAGGAGGCUUAGCUGCUUCUUUAGUGCUUCAAUUUCUUUUUCUUGCUCUAUUAUUUUCAUCUGUAGGGUGAGAUUUACCUGUUUAGACAGAAAAUUUUAAGCUUCAUUAAAAUGGCUACUUCUCUUUUAAAUGUACAGAUAGUUCCCACUUUGCAGUCCUAUGCAUGAAUUCUAGUUGUCACAGUAUCACCAGCCACCCAAUUGCGUGGAUGGAGUGUCAGCUAUCACUGGAUAGUGGUACCUCAGUUCACAAACACUUUUGUUUGCCAACAAUUUGGUUGGCACACAGAAGUGUUAGGCAACAUUUUAUUUUUGUUUGUAAACUGCAUAAGGUGACAAACAACUGCGAUCAUCUUUCCCACCCAAACAUGAAUGUUGCUAUCUUUUCCAAAAUUGUAAAACAAAUUAAGUUCAUGAACCAAGAUACCACUGUAUUUAUUGUAAUUGUGUGUUGCCCUCAGCCCCAAAAUGUAAGUAACCACAUUAUCAUCAACGCCAGUCAAGUGGCUUCUAUUAAGGCUUUCGGUGCUCGGUCACUGCCUCUUAGUUCACAGCAACAUGGCUAUGCUGUCUCCAUUUCUUCCAGAGCACAGCCUGUGUGAGAUUUUUAACCACUUAAUAGUUUUACCCCCAAGCAUCACUGAGGCAGCAUGUUUAUUUAUACACUUACUAUCCCCAGCACUGCUCAGGCAGGUGUCAUUUAAAACAGUCAAGUCUUGUGUUGAAUAAAUUUGAUAUAUAACUGUCAUUUUUAUAUUUCCGGUUAUAAAAAUUAAUGAAAAAAUAUGCAGUUUUUGAUCAUCCUGGACUGGUCAGUGGUUAAAGAAUGGAUAAAUGGAAGGAUACUGGCCAGCAAAGAUGAAAGCAGCCAACUAAUGAAAGGGUAUGAUGCUAGGAACAAAUGUGAACUGACAUUACUUGGUGUCACAGAAAAAUGAGCUGGUUAAGAGCUGUAUAAUAUAUGCAAUUUUCAAAAAACUUCAAAGAAAAGUAUAUCUACCUCUUCAUUUAUGUUUAUAAAUGUUUAACUUGAAAAUUAAUUAGCCUUACAUGAAGACAAAUCAACUGAUUUUUUGAGGGAUCCUGGGAAUGAGCUCAGAACCUCACACGUGCUAGUCUACCACUGCACUGCUCCUGGUGCCUCUUCUAUACUCUACGCAUGGUUCCCAAACUACUGAAUGACAGCACCCCUUCAAGGAUUAUUACACCACUGCCACUACCCCUGAUUCUUAGUAGGUCAGGAGACUGCAGAGGCCUGAGGAGUCUAUCAGUUUGCAGGGGACUUCUACUGACCUAGAGAGCACUGC